AUGGCAGGCACCUUGUCGUGGUGCGGGGGCUUAGUCGAAUCAUAAAUCAGACCUUAUUAGCGGAUGGCAGUGUACACAUUUGAGUACCAGUACUUGCUGUGUGUGCACUCCAUUCCUCUGAUUCGGGCUGCUUUUUGAACGAUGACCAAGUUCUGCCAAUACCCCCUAAUCCAGGGUGUAAAGCGACACCGUGCCCAUUGGAUGGUUUGCAGCCAGGGGGUUUAACAGACCGGCUGUAUUUGAACGGCGCCUUCCUGACACCGGGCCGCCUCAGGGAGUAACUGUGGCCUUACCGCGGCAUGGGGCGCUGUCGUGGUGUACCGUUUGAAUUCCCCACUAUAUUACUUAGACUACUGAGCUCGCCUCGUCGAGCAGGUGGUCGUACGAACAAGAUGAAGUCAACUAACAAUUAUACAAAUUACAAUCCAAAUCAACAAGUAUUAACUCAGUUAAUAGGUCAAUUGAUGAGAGGUGGCAACUCAUCAAAUGGCUAUAGAUCAAGAAGUGGAGGUGGUGGGUCCAGACAAAGAGGCAGCGUCAGACGAACAGCCACAAGAAUAAGGCGUCGACCAGGAAUUAGAACGCAUGCCAGUGCAUCGACGCGAAGACCACUGUCUACUAAACCAUCAAGUAGCGGUACGAGUACGAAGAAACCUUCGUCAACAAGUGCAACACAAAAGCGAAGUGCCACAGAAAGUAAAGCUGAACCUGACAAGAAAAAAACCACUUCGGAUGACAAAACAAAAAGUGGUGACACUAAGGAAAGCAAAGCAAAAGCAAACGAUCCUCUUUUGAAGGGGUUGUGCGAAUCGGGUGUGCGAUGGUAUAUGCGAUAUAUAAAGGAAGGAUUAGAACCGAAAGUGGCAUGCAAAAAAGCUUGGGAACACCGUACAGAACCGGUGGAAUAUGAACCUCAAUGGGGAAAAGAAUUCCAAGCGAGAGAAGUCGAAGACGAGCCAAGAUACCGACAGCGUAUACGAAGAAGGGUAGCGAAAAGUGUUGAGAUCAACGAGGACUACCGUAUUGCGGUACAUCCCAAAGAUUUCCCGGAUCAAAUGCUGGACUUGGAUUCGGUAAUAGCACUGGAAGAGGCCAUUGCUGCGGAAAUAGCUAAAGGAGCCAAUGGAAAACUGCAAUUCUCCAAUGCCCAUAUGCGACCAGGUGCAUUACUCUGUGAUUGCGUAAAUGAGGAAACCGUUAAUUGGCUAAAAGAUAUCGUCACCAAGCUAUCUGAAUGGGAGGGUCCCGAGCUGACGACAAGCCAAGAACGUGUUAUUCCAGACGCUUAUGUGAUGACAGCGGCUUUAUCGAAGAGCAUUGAGCAAGAUUUCCAACGCACAUUGGCCUUGAUUGCUGCGCAAAAUGAAGAUUUAAAUACCGAAGUGUGGAAAUUAGUGAAUGAACGUUCAGAGGAUGGAAAGAAUGUGGUGACGAUACGUGUAGAUAAGGAUUCCUUCAAUACAAUGAAGCGACAUGAAUGGAAACUUUAUUAUCGAUUUGAAAAAGUCAACGUGCAUUUCCAUCGCUACUUAAGAUAUAGCAAAAAACCUACUUUAUGGAUAACGAACCCCAGUUGCCACAAACAAAAUCAGGUGAAACCACCUGGUCCAUCAAAUGCAGUAUAAAAUAAAAUAAAAAAAAAACGUUCAAAAAUCUUCCUCCUUGAAUGAAGUGAUUUCUUUGUCUUUCCACUUGCAACAACCCCAAAAUCCUAAGUGAAUAGAAGCUUCAGCGGAGUGAAA